AGAAGACGAUUCUACUCAGGCACUGUUCCGCAGUACUCUGUGUGUGUGUCAGAAGCUCCUCCCAGCUAGCUCAUCGAUCGCCAUGGCGCAGGCGGAGAGCGAGAGCAUGCGCGUGGUCAUGUUCCCGUGGCUGGCGCACGGCCACAUCAACCCGUACCUCGAGCUGGCCAAGCGGCUCAUCGCCAACGCCUCCGACGACCACCACCUCGACGUCGUCGUCCACCUCGUCUCCACGCCGGCCAACCUCGCGCCCCUCGCGCACCAUCAGACGGACAGGCUCAGGCUCGUCGAGCUCCACCUGCCGUCGCUCCCUGACCUCCCGCCGGCGCUGCACACGACCAAGGGCCUCCCAGCCCGCCUCAUGCCGGUCCUGAAGCGCGCAUGCGACCUCGCCGCGCCACGCUUCGGCGCGCUCCUCGACGAGCUCUGCCCGGACAUCCUCGUCUACGACUUCAUCCAGCCGUGGGCGCCGCUCGAGGCCGAGGCGCGCGGCGUGCCGGCGUUCCACUUCGCCACCUGCGGCGCCGCCGCCACGGCGUUCUUCAUCCACUGCCUGAAAACGGACCGGCCCCCCAGCGCCUUCCCGUUCGAGAGCAUCAGCCUCGGCGGCGUCGACGAGGACGCCAAGUACACGGCGCUGGUCACCGUACGCGAAGACAGCACCGCCUUGGUUGCCGAGCGCGACCGCCUGCCGCUCAGCCUGGAGCGCUCCUCCGGGUUCGUGGCCGUCAAGUCCAGCGCCGACAUCGAGCGCAAGUACAUGGAGUACCUGUCCCAGCUCUUGGGCAAGGAGAUCAUCCCCACCGGCCCGCUGCUCGUUGACUCCGGUGGAUCGGAAGAGCAGCGCGACGGCGGACGCAUCAUGCGGUGGCUCGACGGCGAGGAGCCGGGCUCCGUGGUGUUCGUCUCCUUCGGCAGCGAGUACUUCAUGUCGGAGCACCAGAUGGCGCAGAUGGCGCGCGGGCUGGAGCUCAGCGGGGUACCCUUUCUGUGGGUGGUGCGGUUCCCGAACGCAGAGGACGACGCCCGCGGCGCGGCGAGGUCCAUGCCGCCGGGGUUCGAGCCUGAGCUCGGGCUGGUGGUGGAAGGGUGGGCACCGCAGCGGCGCAUCCUGUCGCACCCUUCCUGCGGCGCGUUCCUGACACACUGCGGGUGGAGCUCGGUGCUGGAGUCGAUGGCGGCGGGGGUGCCGAUGGUGGCGCUGCCGCUGCACAUUGACCAGCCGCUGAACGCCAAUCUUGCGGUGGAGCUGGGCGCGGCGGCCGCGCGCCUGAAGCAGGAGAGGUUCGGGGAGUUCACGGCGGAGGAAGUGGCGCGGGCGGUGCGCGCAGCUGUGAAGGGGAAAGAAGGGGAGGCGGCGAGGCGGCGUGCGAGGGAGCUGCAGGAGGUGGUGGCGCGGAACAACGGCGACGACGGGCAGAUCGCGACGCUGCUACAGAGGAUGGCGCGGCUCUGCGGCAAGGGCCAGGCCGUCCCAAAUUAGUGGGCUUUUAGAAGUGGUUUUGGUCGAAAAUUAAGGAAGGAAGUCGAUUUUGA